AUGUCGCAGCCUUCGGGGGAAAGUUUCUACCGUAACCUUGGCCAACCUCGUGAUGCACCCGUACCCGAUUCCCCGCAAGUACCCGGUGAUGGCGCGCAUCCCGAACCUGGGGGUACAGGAGAUAACCGGCCCUCUCGUGAUGAACAUAGCGGGAAUCCUGCAGCUCCCUCACAGGAGCCCUCUUCAGACCCCUGGAGAGCUCGAGGCCAGGGAAACGACGACUCGUGGUGGAGUAAGAGUAGCAAGCAGCCCGGCUGGUGGGGCUACUCUUGGGACGACGGUAGUCGCUGGGGCUCCGCUUGGGAGCAAUGGCCUCGCGACUACGGACGACGAUGGAGUCAAGAUGAAACUUGGGGAACCGGCUCUACCGAGUCGGGAUCUGCGGCCGGCUGUCAGGGGAAUGGCAGCAUCAGUGACGAACGACAGCAUGCUAAGGACGACUCUGUUCCUCCUCCGGCACACAACGGAGGAGAUCCUCAUCGAGGUCCUGGAGGACUUCCGGAUGGAUGGAGGCCCACUACCUUGCCGAGCGACCUCAAGAGCAACGCCCGCAGUGGGCUCUCCGAGGGCGGACGAGGGCCUUCAGAGAAGAUGGUGGUGCCCAGCUUCUCCGGCACGACCGAUACUGGAGAUGAAAAUCUGGGCCAGACGGCGAGAUCUUACCUCCGCCAGAUCGCAGCCUGGAGACGUAUGACUCGUCUCGCCCCGGAGGCUCAGGGACUCACUCUGUACCAGAACCUUUCAGGGCGAGCUUGGGUGGAAGCCGAACGGCUUAAUGUCGACAAGCUUGCUGAGGCCUCUGGCGUGGACUACCUCGUCUCCUGGGUGAAGGACAGGUACUUGGACGUGGAGAUCACUCAGGUGGGUCGUUGUCUUUCAGACUUCUUCAGGAAGCUGAGGAGGAAGCCCGGGCAGUCUGUGAGAGACUAUCUCUCAGACUUCGAUCGGAGCCUGGCCCGCCUGAACGAGGUAGGCUGUGUCCUUCCGGACCUGGCGGCGGCAUGGGUUCUGGUGGACCGUAUGGGACUGGAGGAGAGUGCGGAGCUCAACCUACCGGCUUCGGUGGGGAACGUCUACAACCUGAAGCUGCUCCAACAAGCUUCAAUAGUGCAGGACCGCACUUUGAGGAAGCCCUGGGAAAGCUCCUCCAACACGCGUCCGUGGAACAAGAAGGUGCAGUCGGCGAUGAUGGCGGGAUCCUACGGCGAGGAGGACGUGGAUGACUUCGGCGAGGAGAUGUCGACCGAGGACGCGGAUAGCCAAGGAGUCCCGGAAGCCGUCGCUUCCGAGCUCUACGAGGCCUACGUUACGCACGAGACCGCGCGUCAGAAGUACCGGGACACCCUGAAGCUUCGAGGAACUGAUCCGGAUGGGAUGCGUGAAGCCAUGCAUCAGAGGCUUCAGGCGGCUAAGCAGCGCUCUUUCUGCUCGGCGUGCAAGAGAAAGGGACAUUGGCACAAAGAUCCCCAGUGCCCUCUGAAUCAGGGCAAGACCGCUUCUUCGACGCAUCCCUCCUCUACGGGUGGAACUGCGGGGCCUGGGUCAGGGCCUUCCUCUCCUGAGAAGAAUCCCAAGGUGAACUUUCCGUGCCACGUCGUCCAUGUGACCUGGGAUCUGAAUCAAUCCACCGAGGCCUCAUCUCUUCUCGGGAUCACAGACACCGCUUGCAGCAAAAGCGUGGCAGGGGUGCCGUGGGUCGAGUCCUACCUCAACGAGGCUCGGAAGAUCGGUUUCAGGCCCCCGUUCCUGGAGGCCAAGGAGUCUUUCAAGUUCGGAGCGUCCCGCGUGUUCGAGGCCCUCUACAGCAUCGUCCUCACGUUCGACAUUGGAGGCCAUCCGAUCAUGGUGCGCAUUUCUGUGGUCAAUGGAGAUGUUCCACUGCUCCUGUCACGUCCGGUGCUGGGGAAGCUUGGGAUGGUCCUCGAUGUCGAUCGUAACACUGCAGACUUUCGCGAGCUGCGCGUUCAGGAGCUUCAGCUUGUGAUCACUGACACCGGGCAUCCCGCGGUGCCCAUCAAGCCAAUCUACGUAGACUCAGCCCUCGCCCAAGGAGGCGAUUGGAACGGACCCGAAGUGAAGAUCCUCUCCGAGCGUGCGCAAUACACAGUGUUUGCUCUAGAGACGGUCCGUGUCAGCAGCUCUGAUAUCCAUGAUGAAGUCCCUGAGUCCAACGAGGUUCCCAACGUUCUUCAGCCCCCUGCGUCUACAGAAGGUCCCCUGCAGAUCACCUACAGCACACCAAGGUCAAUCCCGAGGCCCCGGAACGAGAACGUCAAGGAUGAAUCAUCGAUCUUCUACCCUAAGAAACUCGGUGCCGCUGUGAAAGGGAUGUUGCUCGCAGACAAGCUCAGUUGCACUUCGUUUAUGACUUGGUGGAAUAGUACCCCAACUAGCAACGACUUCUGGAUUGAGGGCGAGCAGGUGUUGGUUAGGAUACACGUUAUCCCUAGGAGAACCUUGUUCAAUCCGUCGAAGCCAUCUCGUGUAAAACACAUCGUGAGUACCAUCCUGUACACGGAGGCUGGCGUGACCCAGAGGAUGACGCCUCUCUUCCGCUGCUUUGGGUCGGCAGAUCAGUGUUUAGCCGCGCUCGAAUGUCGAGCAACCACAACCCUUCGAAAUUCGAAAGCUCCCAUGGCUUCGCGCUCGGCUCCCUUGCUGACCGCGCCCACCGUGACGAAGCAGAAGACGCUGUGGGAGCUGACCAAGGACGAGCUCAUCGCCGAGGCCCAAGCCCGUCGCCUUCAGUACCACCCGAAGUGGACAGCCGCCGAGAUCCGCCAAGUGAUCCAGGAGGACCGCGAGAAGGCCACAGGACCUUCGGCAGUGGGAUGUCCACCUCCCGCCCUGAGCAAGAUGACCCUGGAGCAGCUCAAGACCGCGGUGACCGAAGCUGGGUUGAGCUUCCCCGACCGGCCGAACAAGGCCUCCCUCAUGCGAGUUCUCAGGGACAAUGGCGGAAUGGGAGCCCAGACGAUCUUGUCGUUCGGGCGCUACAAGGGGUGCAUGUACCAGGAGACGGCUCCCAGCUACAGGGUCUGGGCCAUGAACGAGACGGAUGCCAACCCCGGUGCCCAGGAGGACUUGAAGAUGUUUGCAGCGUGGUGCCGCCAGGACCAGGAAUCCAGAAGGACGACUUCCGCCCCCGUGACGAUGGCUGGCUACGUGGACGCCGAGGAGACAGCGACCGACUCCGACCCGCCUGACCGGAACCUCUCCGAAGGCAACUACGCCUCUUCCGCCGCGAGGACGGAGGCCAAUCACAUCGUCAGCGUCGUCGACCUCGGGAAUGGACCAAGAUGCGGACCCGGAUGUGGUGGACGAGAUACAACGUCUCGAACACCGCCUGGCUCUUCUACGCGACCGCCAAGGGCUGCCCCCUCGGCACUGAUCGGGGAGAGCCCCGAAUCCGAGCACCAUGGAGGAACGGAGAUCUACUACGACUGCAACGGCGAGAGCGACAAAGACGAUGGAGGAGACAAAGGUUUCCCUACGAAGUACGAGCAGGAUCCCAUCGAGAUGAACGCCAUCGGGGGAAGCGACUCCCGGGACCGUCCCGGGCUUGUGGAUGUUCAGGCGACUACGAAACAAGGCGACAGUGCUUGUGAGAUCCUAGAUGGCCGUAGUGGAAUAGGUCGCGCCACUUCCCCGACGAAGUACCAGCAGGAUCCCGUCGAGAUGAACACCAUCGGGGGCCCCUUUCAGUUCGACUUCGGUGUCAAUGGCUUUGAGGACGACUACGAGGCCGCCAUCAAUGGGAGUCAGGACUUUGAGGAGUCGUACCACACCCAGACCACUCGGGCAGGCAACGACGCCGAAAGGGUCAACGAUGCAGAGUUCGUCUGCGAAGGUCUUGCCAAGGAGCUCUAUCACUCACGAGCCUUCAGCUGUUGUGAUCUUCUACGACGCUUCCAGAAGCUCCCGAUGAAAGUCACCAAGCGCCACCGAGGGAUCAAUGCGGAUGCUGACUGUGAAGUCAGGUCUUUCCUCGGAGGAAUGUGGACCCACGGAGGACUUCGAGGCCUUUCUCACCAAACCCGGCAACUUCCCUGGACGGUGAAGUACGUCAACAAGGCCAUGAGGGAGUUAUCCAUCGGAGCCUGGGGCGACUCAGUCUCCGUAUGGACGUCUUUCAUUAUCACACAGAACAUGCAGACCAAGCUCCACAAGGACGUCCACAACCUUUUCGGCAGCCAGGUGCUCACCAUGUCCCUCGGGGAAUUCGAGAAUGGACCCCUUUGGCUUGAAGAUCAACCCGGAGGACCCCGAGGAACGGCAAGGUUCAGCGACGACAAGUACCACGAUCUCAGUGGGAGCCUCAUUGACACUAAGGAGAAGCCCUUCGUCUUUGACCCCAAGCGACGACAUGCUACUGGAACAUGGAGCGGGGAGCGGUGGUGCAUCUCCUGCUUCUCUACCAGGGGAAUUUCGGAUGCGGGCCAAGACGAACGUGAUUCCCUCCGCGCCCUGUGUUUUCCACUGCGAGGAAUCGAUAAGCUGAUUACCCCAAAGCCGGAGCACUACGUGAAAGCCGACCGCCCGAUCAAGAGCGUGCGAAAAGGGAUAUGGAAAGCUGCCAAGCGACUUGUGGCACUCACCACGGUGUGCUCGGCAGCCGCUUCUUCAUUCACCGGGGAAACCCUUCCCCUACCUCGUGGCAAAGACGCCGUUGCUCUACUUGAGAUUGGAGGAUGGACCAAGACCAAGACCCUCGAGGCGAGCGACUACAACUUCCUCACUGCCGAACCCAUCCUUCCUGAAGACCUCUACAAGGACGACUUUCUCGACAACCUCACCGAAUCGAUCAAGACCUUUGAGCCCGGGACCCUAUGGAUCCAUGGCGAGGUGGUGACUGGACGCCUCGCCCAGAUCGGGAAGAUCGCAAGCGAUCAAGUACGUAAAGGGCGAGCAGUGGUCCUGGAGGCACCGGAGAAUGCGAUCGUGUGGGAGAGCGACGAGAUUGAACGAGUACGUGAAGAAGGAGCACUCCUUCUCGAAAAGAGGAGCAAUGGACGCCGAGAGCUGAGGAUCAAUGUGGCCCAGUCCUCACAUAAGUUCGCCUCCGACCAGGACAUACGUCCGCUUCAGACCUACUUGACUUCUUCUACUACGAGGACAACGCCAGACUCCGGGGUUCAUGAAGUCCUGGCGGUCACAGGUGAUGCCGCCCCCAGCUCUGAAGAACGAACCCUCGAAGCUCGCGGCGCCAGUGCCAUCACUUUCAGUGAAGGUAAGAAGAUCCCAGCCCCUGUCCAGUCUUCCCUCAAGAGACUGCACCAAAACUUGGGACACCCAACCGCCGAGGAUCUUUGCAGACAUCUUCGAUUGGCGGGGAGUUCCCCUGAAGUGGUCGAGGCCGCGAAGAGGAUCCGCUGUCAGGUGUGUGACCGUCAUCACCGCGGAAAGUCUGCUAAGCCGAGUUCCAUGCCGAGUCUGCUGGAGUUCAACCAGCUUGUGGCAGUCGACGCUUUUUCCGUCUAUGAUGUUGAACAUGUCAGGGUGGAGUUCCUUCUCGUGAUCGACAUCGGUACGGGCUUUUGUGUUGCUCGCCAACUCGAAGGACACUCCGGAGAGGCCCUCGAGAAGGUCUUCUGCGAUGCCUGGGCUUCUACUUUCGGGCCCCCCGGGAGUAUGAUCCUCGACCUCGAGACCGGCCUCCAAGCUGGAUUAGCACGAUUCAGCGAAUGGCAUGGAACGUGGAUCCGGCCGAUAGCCGCCCAAGCUCACUACCAACAAGGUUCUGUUGAAAGAUGCAUUCGAUCCUGGAAGCAGCUCUGGGAGAAGGUAUGCGACGACAAAUCUGUCGUGGCCUCCGAAGCAGCAAUGACCGCCACGGUCAUUAAUUCGGCCAUGAACUCUUUGAGAAGAAGCUCUGGGAUGAGUCCGGCACAAGCCGUAUGGGGACGCGAACCACGCCUUCCUGAGGACCUUGCCCACCACGCGGAGGCAGACCACUUCGAGAGCGUCCUCUCCAGAGACCGACUUCGAGCUCGGGAAUUUGCUCUCAGGAUGAGCGCCCGCACGGCUUACUACAAGUGCCAGAGUGACACGACCCUGAGGAGAGCCCUCAAUCACAGAUCGCGAGUGGCUGGCCCAGAGCUCAACAUUGGUGACCACGUCUACAUCUACCGCAAGCCCAAGUCACAGAAGUUCUGGGAAUGGUAUGGGCCAGGCGUUGUCAUUGGCAAGGAGGGCCCCAAUUGGUGGAUCUCCUACUCGGGGCGCUGUCAUCUCACAGCCCCAGAACACUUACGGCUUGCAAGUGGAGAAGAGAUUGGGGCGGCGUUCUCACUCCGCACUACACGAGAUGAUCUCGAGAAGCUCCUGGAGGCCGACUUCGACGAUGAGACCCUCUACGUUGAUGAUCUCGACGAGGCCAUCAACGUCGAAGGAGAAGAUGAGGUGACGAUCGAAGGCGAAGAUGGGCACGACAUGGAUGUGAAGUUCGCUGGCGAGAACAAAAGGGAUAGCGACCAGCCAAAGGCUCCGGCGGUGACCAAGCGCCAACGAAAGAAAGGGCCCGGAGAAGACAGUCGACCCUCCGAACCUGUACACGCCGCCAACAUGACCAAGUUUGCCAAGACCGCACGCGGAAAGGAAAAGGCCCUCGAGAAGGAGAUUCCCUGGAGUCUAAUUCCCCAGGAGGUCCAGGGGAUGUUCAAGGAUGCCGAGGCCAAGCAGUACCUCGAGCACCGGCAACAUGAAGCCUUGGUUCCUCUGAGCGUUGAGGAGAGUCGGGAGAUCAUGAAGACCAAGGGGGACCGAGUUCUCCCCAGCCGCUUCGCCUACCGAGAUAAGCACUGGAGCAAGAGGAAGCAGGACGCCAAGGUCCCGUGGAAACCGAAGGCGAGGCUUGUUAUCGGAGGACACCGUGACCCUGACCUCCUGAAGGGGCUCAACACCCACGCUCCUACGAUAUCCCGCCAAGGCAUACUCCUCCUCCUCCAGAUCCUCGCGAGCAACAUGGCGCACGGUUGGACGGGGCAUGCUGGGGAUGUGACUGCGGCAUUCUUGUCAGGAGAGACCCUCACUCGUGAGUUGUUCCUUCGGCAACCAAAGACUGGGCUCGGGGACCUCCAUCCAGAGCAACUCCUGAGGAUCCAAAAGCCUAUCUUUGGGUUAGUGGAUUCACCAUCGGCAUGGUGGCUGAAGCUAAGCGGAACACUCAAGGAGAUGACGCUCACCGACGACGAUGGACGCCAAUGGGUCAUCAGACAAUGCGAGCUCGACAACUGCAUCUUUACGGUGCAUGAGGUCACCAGGGACGCCGAUGAGAAGGUCACCUACGGGAAGCCCCAGGCCUACUUGGGAGUUCAUGUCGACGACAUCUUGUUGAUCGGGAAUGAUGGGCUGUGCACUCUCCUGAAGCGCGAGCUCAGCAAAAGAUUUCCCAUCGAUGAAUGGGAGACCAACUCCUUCGACUACGUGGGCUCCUAUGUCGACAUCCGCAACGACCACAUCCAGGUGAGCCAGGAGUCCUACGUGAGCACCCGUCUUUUCCAGAUUGAUGUGGAAAAGGGUGCAAAGGACUGGGAAACCGCCACGGAAACCCAGAGACUGGACAAUAUGUCCUUGAUUGGGGCGCUCUCCUGGCUGGCUUCGCAGUCUCGCCCCGAUCUCCAAGUUGGAGUUUCGAUGAGUCAGCAGUGCCAAAGGGACCCAUGUGUUGGGGACAUACGCUUCACCAACCUCCUUGCCCAACGUGCCCUGGAGCAUCAGCAGGAAGGCGUCUACAUCUACCCGGUCGACUUCGAGAAGGCGAUCCUCCUCUGCUACCACGAUGCGGGAUGGGCGAACUGUCCGCAAGACCAGGACGAUCCAUACUACGCCCUGAACGACGAAGAGGAGAAGCAAGGAAUGAUCGAAGGAGGGCCACACAGCCUCCUCUCCCGAAAGGCGAAGAAGGCGAAUUCAUCUAUCGCCUCCCAGCUCGGGUGCUUCUUUGUCUUUGGUGACAACAGAGUCCUCGCCGGCGAGAGGACCCCGAUGAGCAUCCUUGACUGGAAAAGCGGAGCAUGCGAAAGGGUAUGUCGCUCUACUUUCCAAGCGGAGACGAUGGCUUGCGCCUAUGGGAUCGAGACCUCCGAGUACAUCCUGAAGUUCCUCCAGACUCUGCUCGACGGAGAACUUGUGAGAGGUCCCACCAAGUUCCCGGCUCGCUUUAUCAGUGACUGCAAGAGCCUCUACGACCAUUUGACCAGAGAAGGGAUUCCAAGAGUCCCCACGUGUAAGCGCCUCGCUAUCGAUCUAGCAUCCAUCCGGUGCGACCUUCGCCAUUUUGGCAGAAUAGCCUGGACUCCUACGGGGAGCCAGAUGGCAGACCUCCUCACUAAGCCCCUGAAGUCAGGGAGCUGGUGGGAGGAAAUCAAGAGGGGGAUCAAGUUGACGUUUAGAGAGGAGAAGAUCUUGAACCAGUGUAAAUCGAGGAUUGAGUUUGUGUGA